AUGACCUACGAGCUGGCAUCCGCUUAUGACUACACCAACUUCUUCGACCAAUUCUCCUUUUUCACUGCUUCUGACCCAACACAUGGCUUCGUACAUUACGUCGACGCCAACACAGCCCGAGAGUCGGGUCUUGCACAAAUUAUCAAUAACCAGAUAUAUGUUGGAGUUGACAACUUGACGACUUUAAAUUAUCCAAGUGGUGACCCACUUACAGAUAGCAUUGCGAAUGGUCGCAAGAGUGUUCGCUUAGAGAGUCGUCAGACCUUCGAUCAGGGUGUUUUGAUUGCUGAUUUCGCGCAUCUACCCAGUAGUGUUUGCGGGACCUGGCCGGCGUAUUGGACAUAUGAUUAUUCUGAGGAUCCGUAUGGCGAGGUCGACAUUAUCGAAGGCGCCAAUAAUCAGAUCGGGGACAUUAUCAGUCUGCAUACGAGCGCUGCAUGCAGCUUGGACGUCGAUCCCCAGAGUCAGACUGGGACAGAUGUGAGAACAGACUGCUCACUUGCGACAAAUUAUGUCGAUGGGUGCGGUGUAUCUGGACAAUCAAAUUUAUAUGGAGAUCCGUUCAAUGCACAAGGUGGAGGAGUAUGGGCAUUGUGGCUCGAUAAAGAUGACCUCGCAGUCUGGAUGUUUCCUCGGUUGAGCAUUCCUGAUGAUAUCGCGCGAGGCAAAGAGUUGACUCUCAAAAACUGGGGCAAACCGCUCUUGCAUUUUAGAUCUCAUACCGGAUGUCGUGUUCUGGACCAGUGGAAAAACCAAACCAUUAUCUUCAACAUCGACUUCUGCGGCGAGAAUGCUGGUGGAUCAAACUGGAACUCGCCAGCGAGUCUCUCUUCAUCACAAAGCUGUGCAGAUAUCACAGGGGUUUCUUCUUGUGAAGCCUAUGCCGCCGCCAAUCCUCAAGCGUUUUCCAACUCUUAUUUUCUCAUCAAUGGGGUGAAAAUUUAUAGAUCUCGCAUUCAAGUGGCUAUAAACGAGAGUUAUUCCGGUGGUGUUGCAAGCACGCGACAAUCGUUGGGUCAUGUUGUGUUGGUGUUGGUGGUUGGAUGGGCGCUCGUCGCGGAGUGGUUCUCCUAUUUAGUCUAA